UCUGGGCUGAGUGGACAAUCCAAAGAGAGAAGUGGAGCGUCGUGUGACCUCGUGGCCCAUGCCGUGCUGCACGAAGACUCACGCUGUCCAGAGGAUGAAGGAGGAGAACUUGUUUCGCAGAAGGUUUUCUUUAUGCCCAGCAACAUCUACACCUCAGAAGGUCAAUCCCAAAAAACUAAUGAGAAACCUUUCUUUUGGCGGAGAUAACGACCUUUACCCUCUGAGCCCAGGCUCGGAGAUUGAGAGGAAUGGUCUUCCAGUGAUGAAUCAUGAGCUCAGCCCCACACAAGCCAGCACCCCAGAGGGAGGAGAGUGGCCGAGCCCCGUGUUAAUGGAAGCAGAGAGCCCACCAUCUCAGAAGAUGAAACUAGACCUGCCGCUCCACUUGAUUAAGGACUUCCAAUCUGAAAAGACGGAGUCCAAGCUGUUGAACGGCCAUGAGAAGGAGUGCACCUCACCGAUGGACAAGCUGGCCAAGAAAGAAUCUCUUAAGGUCCAGAAGAAGAACUACCGGGAGGAGAAGAAGAGGGCUGCCAAGGAGCUGUUCAGUGCCCUCAAGGACCCCACCGUGAUAAUUAUGGCAAACUGGCUAAAGAUUCGCGGCACUCUGAAGAGCUGGACAAAGCUGUGGUGUGUGCUGAAGCCGGGAGUGCUACUCAUUUACAAGACCCCUAAAGUGGACCACUGGGUCGGGACGAUACUGCUCAGUGCCUGCAAGCUCAUCGAGAGACCAUCCAAGAAAGAUGGCUUCUGCUUCAAGCUCUACCACCCGAUGGACAAGUCGAUCUGGACCAUGAAGGGUCCAAAGGGGGAGAACGUUGGUUCAAUUACACAACCACUGCCUAGUAGUUACCUGAUCUUCCGUGCUGUCUCAGAGUCUGACGGUCGAUGUUGGAUGGAUGCUCUAGAGUUGGCUCUUAGCUGUUCCAGUCUCUACAAGCUGAGUUCAUCCAAACAAGUCAAGGAUGUGGACCUCAACUGCUCAUCAGACUCCUCGCACAUCCUUAAUUUGCUACAGUCUUCCAACCUUUCUGACCAGGAGCUCUUCCAGCUGAAUGAAUCCACACUGAGAAAUCACCACAUGGAGAACGACACCUACUCUGACAAAUCGGAAAGAGAGACUCACGAGGAGUCCGAAAAUGGGACCACAGAGAAGAGCCGGAGGCUGACGGAAGAGAGCGACACCGACCAGUCGGAGAUACAGACGGACCUCUCACCCGAUGUUGUACCCACCAUCUACCAUGAGCAGACGGAGGAGGAAAUGGCCGCGGCUGGCGAGACAUCACAAACCGAAACGGUUUCAGAGGAGAACAAGGGACUGAUCUGGACAUUGCUGAAGCAGCUGCGUCCUGGGAUGGACCUGUCACGUGUGGUUUUGCCAACUUUCAUUCUUGAACCUCGUUCCUUCUUGGACAAGCUUUCAGAUUACUACUACCACGCCAACUUCCUCUCAGAGGCGGCUCUUGAACAGGAUGCUUACUGCAGAAUGAAGCACGUACUGAAGUGGUAUCUGUCUGGAUUUUACAAGAAGCCAAAGGGACUGAAGAAGCCAUACAAUCCAAUCCUUGGCGAGACGUUCCGCUGCCGUUGGUUUCAUCCCCAGACAAACAGCUGCACGUUUUACAUUGCAGAACAAGUAUCUCAUCACCCUCCUGUGUCCGCCUUUUAUGUCAGCAAUCAGAAGGAUGGCUUCUGCAUCAGUGGCAGCAUUCUGGCAAAAUCCAAAUAUUACGGCAAUUCGCUAUCGGCUGUCCUCGAUGGCAAUGCAAAGCUUCUGUUUCUGAACCUUGAAGAGGAGUACGUCAUCACCAUGCCGUAUGCCCACUGCAAAGGGAUCCUCUAUGGUAAACUGACAAUGGAGUUGGGAGGAAAAGUGACGAUUGUGUGCGAGAAGACCAAAUACAACACUGAACUGGAAUUUAAACUCAAGCCUUUGUUUGGCGGUUACAACAGUGUGAACCAAAUAUCCGGAACAAUUUCUUUGGGAGAUGAAGUGAUGGCUACUGUUGGGGGACACUGGGACGGAGAGGUCUUUCUAGAUCAAAAAAUGAACGACCAUAAGGAUUUGUUUUGGAGCCCAACAUCAGAGGUCCGCAUGCAGAGACUCAGGAGACAGGUGGUUCAGUUUGGCCAGCAGGGGGAGUUUGAGUCUGAAAGGUUAUGGCAACAUGUAACAAGUGCAAUAAAGGAGAAGGACCAGCUGAGAGCCACUCAGGAAAAGUACAUUCUGGAAGAGGCUCAGCGACAAGCUGCCAGAGAGAGAAAAGAUCAGCAAUGGCACCCACGACUUUUCCAGUUUGACCCCAUCACUAACGAGUGGCACUAUAAAUAUGCAAACACCUCACCUUGGGAUCCUCAGAAAUACUUGACUCAAUUUGAAAAGGACGGGAUCAUUGACUUUCUGGAAAGACAUCCUAAGCAAUCCGGCUCUGCAGCAUACAGCAAAAACCAAAUGAUUACGAAAAAGAUGGGGAUGGAGUGCAAGAGACGGAAAACCAGCAGCCAGCCAUCCAGCUAUAGUCAGAACACAGAAAGCAGCAGCUCGACGCCCGAGCCCACCCAGGAGUCUUCCGAUAAUGACGGGUCAGAGAAAGCGGGAGUCUUUGACGGCACCUUCAACGGACAGCACGCAGGACGCUUUCAUGUUAGGCCAUUACAGACUUGCCAGUUAAUAUAACCUGCAUCUGUGUGGAAUGUGGCAAGAGAACCUGGAGAAAGAGUCAGGAAUUGUAUGAAAGCUCCACACAGACAAACAGGGAGUUGGAACUCAGGUUUCAGGAUCUCAGACAGGAAGAACGAUGCUUAUUCUCUCCAGGCUGAAAACCACGAACCAGCUACUUGGGCUGUGAGUGGAUAUUUAAGAGGUCAAGGGAGUUUGCUAAUCUUGUGGACCUGGAGAAUGCUUAGGACUUCAUACUUCCGGAUACCAUUUAGGAAAAACAGCAAGAGUAUGAAGUCUCAGUGCCAGUGGCAUGUUUAUUUCCAUGUCUAUGUUUGUAGAGCGAGAAAUGAGUCGCCUUUGUUGGCAUUAAGGCAAAGUUUACUCAAGAUGGGUAAAAGACUCUGAUCAAAGGAAGUCUUCCCUCCUCCCUUAAUGUGACUUUCACGGACGGGAUAUCGAGAUGCAUUUUAAGCUAGGCGAGUAUCCGGUUUGAGGACCUGAGAACUGCAGGUGAUUUUGUUCUCUUGGCCUCGUUAUUGGACCGUGAUCUUCCACAUACAUGGUUGCAGUUUCAGUGGACUAUGAUACAGUAAGAGUAAGAGUUAAAUCUGAGUUUGUAUCUCCUUUCCAGAAUAGAGUGUCUUACUCUCUGCCCAGAAAUGAACUUAGUCUCAAGAAGGAGUAGAGAGGAUUGAGAGAUUGACCAACGAACUGUUACAGCAGGAGCAGAGUUAUGGGCAGAGUACCAGACAGUGGUGAUAGUGGUGGUGUUGAUGCUUGACCCAAGUACUCAGACAGAGCUCUCUCUCUCUCUCUCUCUCAGACAGUCAAUGGUGCCAUAUUAACCUAGAGUCUCAAGAGUGGCAAGGUUAGGAACUCAAAAAUAAGCAAAGAAAAUGGACUAGAUAGUCUCUUCUCUCAAGAUCAAGUGGCAUUUGACAUGAUGUGGACAUCCAGCAAGAAUGUAGAAGGGUGUAGAAGGACACUUCCUACUGACAGGAGACCCAGGACAGGCUUGGAAUACAAUGGAUGGAAUGUAUCUGCCAGGUGUCUGGGGAAUUGCUCUGGACAAGUCAGUUCUGGGCUAGAGAAGUCUAGACUGCCCUACUCAGCUUGCUACCAUCGUAAUCCUCAACAUUUCAAAAGAUGAUUUAGAAAAAGACAACUAUCAUCAUUAGAAAGGAGUAGAUUGACUGUGCAUUGUAAACAACUGUA